CCAGGACCAGACUCCAUUUUCAUUCAGGGCACGAAGCCACCAUAGUGUAGAUAUCGCUCAGAAUUUUCCCGCAGGAAAUAGUGAAGGACAAAAACCAGCGAUUGACAAUUCAGCCAUGGACCUGUCUGGAAGUCUUUAGACUGAAUCGGACGUUUUGUUUCUAGAAAGCAAAGGGAAGAGAACCAUCUAUAUGAACGGAUUUAUUUGAAUUUUGGCUCAAGAAAUACUCGUAGAGUUGUAAUUUUUUGUUGCAGUAACCACUAGCAAUGGACGUGAGUCUAAAAAUCAACGUACAGGCUUGCUUUUCUAAACUAUGGUUCCAUUGGAUGCUUUUACUGUUUGAACCACACACGGACAGUAUUCAACCAAUCUUCGCUUGAGUUUGGAAGUCUUCGUUUUGAUCAACUCGCCAAUGAAGAGUGAGGUACUUUUCUGUAGAACGUAUAAGUUUAACAGGACAUCUUCAAGAGGCCUUUUCUGAGCUGCGCUGCCAUUGGAUGCAUAUUCAGAUGUUUUCCUCAGGAUGCGACUCUCAACCAAUCACAUUUAAAGUUUGAUACUGAGACUUACACCGCAAGAUGGCCACCCUUCGACUGUUGUGCCGCGCGUUCUUCGGUCUAGCCAUAUACGGCAUGUUUGUGAUUGUAGUCAUAAUAGCGUACAACAGGACAUUCGUGAGACGCGGUGAUGGUGUUAAGGUGGAUGUACAGGGGCGGGGCCAACUUCAGCCUGCCCCCGAGGAGAAGAAGGAGGUCGAGACGGAGGCAGAGAGAAGGAAGAAAGAGCAGCAUGAAAAGAGCAAGAGGAAUCUUGAGAUGUUGCCGUUUAUCAAAGACCACUCUUAUAAACCAUCGAAAUGUCCAAAAACCAUCUCCACAGUGAGCAGGUUCUCCAAGUGGUUCAGUGAGAGAUAUAAGCCGGGAAUUAAGGUGUUUUUGGACAAGGAUGAUGCACGUGACUACGAUGUGCUGAAACAUUAUGUGCUUCCUUUUGGGGUUCGAGGAAUGAACAGCUCGCUUUUUACCGGCAUCGUCAGCCAUCCCAACUUCACCAACCCCGCCCUUCCCCUUCAGAAUUCCGGUCAGGCGUGCAUCAAAUGUGCCGUGGUGGGCUGCGGAGGUAUCCUGAACGGCUCUGGUGCCGGCGGAGAAAUCGACAGUCACGACUACGUUUUCCGUUUAAACCGCGCCAUUUCCGUGGGAUCGUACGCCAAGGAUGUGGGUACGAAGACCACUUUCUAUAACUUCUUCCCAGAGUCAGAGCACGUACCUGAUGUUGUCGAUAAGGACGUAAUAUUCUUCUACACCAUGUUCAAAUCUUACGAUACCCUCUACGCGCUCAAUAUGAUACGUGAUGUGAAACCACCGCAUGCUCAUGGAGUCAACGGACGGACGAUUCUACGGAAACCACUCGUUAAGCCCUCCAAGCUGAAGCUGAUACAUCCAAGUUUCAUCCGUUACGUCUUUGCCAAGUAUCUCGACGGUGUCUCCUACAGGCCAACCACAGGUGCCAUUGUCGUCCUGAUGUCGAUACACCUGUGCGACGAGGUGACAAUCUAUGGCUUUGGCUACGAUCAUCGCUUCACCCUGCACUACUACGACAAGCAUUUCGUGACACACACCGACACGUUGACCGCGCUGCAUGAUGUCGACAACGAGCGCAAACUGUGGAAGAAGCUACACGAUGAAGGAAUUAUAAGACUGUUCAAGAGGGACUUUUGAGACCAAGGCCAAGGGGGCAUAAAUCCCGGUUGAUAGGCAGGCUAGCCUCUCCUAAUUUUAGACUAUAAUGGGUGAAAGGGUUGAUUGGUCGUACUAAUAGCCUUCAAUUAUAAUACGGAGAGUUUUUCAAGAUUUGUAAUCCAAAUGGACUGACGUUUGCGAAGUUUUCAGACAUUCUAGGUCAUAAAAUGUAGGAGUUGGUUUAGAUUUCUCUACAUUAAUUUGUUGUUUUAUUACAAAGGAAACGCACUGUAGGCCUAGACAGAAGUAACUUUGAAAGUCCGUUUGAUGGUCAUCCAGUGACGUUUCCGCGCUGUCUGGAACUGUUCUUGUUUCAGUGUCAAAGCGAAGGAGCCGUAUAUCAUCUGGACCAACCCUGCUGCGUUCAUGGCGCUACGGGCAGCUACGAACCAGACUACUGUAUCGUUGUCCACGUCGCGUGCCACGCCGUAAAAGAUGUCGUCAACGAUGACCUGCGGCAGCCAGACCAGAACGAAGGACCUGCAGAGAAAAGCCAUGAAGUGGCGAGUGCUUUUCUUGUCCAGUUGGGGUUCUUGUAUAGGUUGCUGUUGCUGCUGUUGGUUUGUGGUGGCGUUAUUAUUAGUAGGGUCAGAGAGGUUUUGCUGUGGUGUCAUAUUUGCUAUGGCGCGAUGAUCAUGAUGUCCAUGAAGGAAUCGUCGAUACUGGGGUUGACGAACGUGGAUGAGAAAUUUGCCUCCUCGACCGAACCCAGCCAAGAAUCGUCAUCCUCGCGACCCUGGAAUGCUGUCAAAUCGACGUCGUGACUUUGAAACUGGGAUUCGUCCUUAAAAUUGUUCUGAAGUGGCGGCAUCGUUUCUGUCCAGUGAAAACGGCGACUAUAUACUCGGACAGUGUCUGUAUUCAAACUGAUCGACAUAAUAUAAAGAAGAUGGAGAUAUAGCUCGUCGCGAUGCAGCGCGAUACAACAGCUGUCUCUGAUGGUUGAUGUGAGUCGAGCAAAGUACAGGUGUCAAAUAGUUAAUGUUUUCUAAUCGAAUAAGUCAGAUAUCUUUUAGGCUCAGUUACAAUCCAACACAGACAAGCACAUCAGAGAACGAAAUGUUCUAAUCUUAUGCAGGUUUUAUCAGCUAAGUUCAACUAUAACAAAAGGGAACAAUUAGCGGCCGGCUGAUUUUUGACGAGCAUAUCUGCUACAAGUGGUUUCAGUGACAAUGGCCCGUGUGCGGCUGCCGCAAUUAGGUAUGAUACAGGACACUAUCUGGAUCGUAUAUAUAUAUUUUAGAUCGUCUGGAAAAUGUAUCCUUUAAUGCGCACGUUCAGCUGUGACCAAAGCCAAUUUUCCACGAGAUAAGCCUCUAUAGCAAAUAAAUCUUAGUUAAGUGUGCGCAACUGCAUAAUGCAAUACAUAAGACUUUAUACUGUUAAAUUACUCUACACGUAAGACUGCUGUUUCCGAAUUCGAAAUCCUCAGUUGUUAAUUCUUACACCAAUUGUCAAAAUAAAACCUUCCUUUUAUUUCCAAAAUCAGAAUACCCAUACCUUUAAGUCAUUAUAUCAUAAAAUCCGUAUUGUACUGCCAUUUUGUGAUUUCUUUCACGCAUGCGUGGAUGGGCGUCAUUGGGUUCACAAUUUUCGCGCCGUUGCUCACGGGUUGACGAAAACUGAUCAUUGAGACGAACCAUUAUGAAACGAGUGAAAGACUUCACACAUUUUCAUAAACUAGUACACAACGUUUUGAAAACAUAUUGUAAAAUAAAUACUUCCUAUAAUUUCCGUAGGUUGA